GUGGUAACUGAUAGAUUCGGUGUGUACGGGGAGUAUGUCGAUGCCGUGGUCUUAGAGCAAUGUGGAGCGGUGGUCACUCAGGCCAACAGCGUUGACGGCAGCUCCUUUACUAUUACAGUAAAAGCCAGGCGUGAUUUCUUCAGGGACGGUGACGGCUCCGUUUACCUUGGCUUCCUACCAAUCGACACGUCAGUGAACCCCCUUGUGGGAUGGCUAUCACGUGAAGCAGUUGAUAGAGCUAAAAACGGUCGAUAGAGAUUAUUCGUAUAGAAAAUGCAGUGGAACCGGUGAUCCUCACUACUAUACCUGUGACGGACAACGGUAUGAUAUAUACAUGCCCGGUGAAUACAUAUUCUAUAAACACGAAACUCAGCCAUAUGAGGUUCAGACUCGUCUUGCACCGUGUGGUUCCGUAGCCUGUAACUGUGGCGUUGCUGUGAGAGUGGACGAUGACGUAAUUGUCGUGGAUCGCUGUAAAGUUAAGAAAGAGUUAAUAGUGUAUUACUGGAGAGGACAACAGUACAGCUACUACAGGGACAUUUCCACUCUAACAAUAGAGAUUUUUGUGAAUGGUGAGAUGACCCCUGGCUUCCGAUUGAUUCGUGAAAAUAGUGGAAACACGUACAAGAUCCAUCUUCCAACUGGUGCCUCGAUUGAAAUACAGGGUACAUAUAUAGGUUUCGGGGUAUAUUUUGCGCCCGCUCCCGAUGACUACGGCAUAAUAAGUGGUGGAUUCUGUGGUAGCUGCGACAGCGACAAAUCAAACGAUCUUCUCAAAGGACCAUUUGGUUCAUCGACCACGUCAUACGCUACACCAACAAAUUCUUUUUGGGAUGGACUACACGAGUUGUCUGAAUCAUGGAGAACUCCAGAUGGAUAUAAUUUGUUCUAUGGCGAAAUAGAAGACAUAGCUGCUGAUGUUGGCACUGAUCCAACUGAGGAACCGGAGCCGGAAGAGAUCCUCACAUACUGUACGUGUAGUCCCAGCACAAAUGCUAUUACUCUUGAUAAUAUGGACAGUGUCACGGUGCAAGAGGAAUGUAGCGCUGAAAAAGACCGUGCUAGAUCUCAUCUGCCAACCGAGAACUCAGAUCCCACUGAUUGUACUGACCGCUGGUGCGACGUCACUGAGGAUUACAUUCAGACCGCAGAAGCAAGGCGCAGGCGCAGACGACGCUCUACUGGAAAUAGCGAUUUGAGUUUUGAAUAUGACCCUGACUUUGUUCCAUCGGUUCCCUCGUGGCCGACCCCGUCUGGUAUAACGGAAUCCGAUGCAGAUACGUAUUGUAAUGAUAUUAUCAUCAACUCUGCCGCUGGUGUGGCGUGUGCAGGUGAACUAGAAUCUGACGAGAAAACUACAAUGAUUGACUUCUGUAAAACAGAUAUAUUGGUUAUGGACUCGUUGAAAGCUGGUGAUAACUCGGCAGAGCUUAUGAAAGAACAGUGUGAAGAAAGUGUAUCGAAAGAUCCCACCAACUGGGUGACUGUGAACGGCGCUCUCGUGCCACCCGCAUCAGUAGUAGGUGUGCUAUGCCCAUCUGAUUGCAGCGGGAAUGGAACGUGUGUAGACGGGGUAUGUGAAUGUUACGCUAACCGCGGAGGCACUGAUUGUAGUAUUAACCUUCUUGAGGCCCCGGAAGUAUUCAUAGCACAUGAUGGCGGGUUAUGCGAUGCCAGUGAAGACGAGUGUUUAUCAGUUGAUAUCCUAGGCAACAGCUUCGUGGCCUCAGACGCCCUUACUUGUCACUACACAAAGAUUAAGAUUGGAACAGAUGGUUUUGAAGUAACUGACGAAGUGACUACAUUGCCUGGGAUAUUUGUCUCUUUCGAGCUCGUCCGCUGUCCAUCUGAACCAACCUGGUCGCGCCGUCGUCGACGUGCAGCCGAGGAUGGCCCAGACGAACCCGAAGGAUCGUUAGUAUCGGUUAGCAAUGAUGGCGUGCUGACCAGUUAUGAGCUGGUUGUUAUUAUACACAACUCCAGGUGUGAUGAGUGCAAUGGUACACAAGGUUACUGUGUACGACGUGAUGAUAUCUGUAUUUCCGAUGGAGAAUGUUAUGACGAAGGCACAUAGAAUGCAUGCGUAA